AUGGCCAGAUUCACUCAGACUGAAACAAGAAGGCAGCACCAUCCACAGCAGCCCCAGCCCGCUCACUCCAGCCUGGUUUUCACCGGACCGGGGGCACCACCGACCCAACAACCACUACUACUUAUCCCACAUCAGCACCAGUACCCUCAGAUCACAUUCCCGAAACCCAUGAACGGGUCAGAACCCAUUUCAAUUCAUCCGGAGAGCGGCAACAUGAAAGACCAAGAUGCCAUUAAGCUGUUUAUCGGGCAGAUACCGCGGAACUUGGAAGAAAAAGACCUGAAACCCCUGUUUGAACAGUUUGGGAAAAUCCACGAACUGACAGUUCUCAAGGACCGAUACACCGGCAUGCACAAAGGUUGUGCAUUUCUCACCUACUGCGCCCGAGAGUCUGCCAUCAAAGCCCAGAACGCCCUCCAUGAACAGAAAACACUGCCAGGGAUGACUCGCCCCAUCCAGGUGAAACCGGCUGACAGCGAGAGCCGUGGAGAAGACAGGAAGUUGUUUGUUGGGAUGCUGAACAAACAACAGACCGAGGAGGAUGUUUACCGCCUCUUCGAACCCUACGGAGUCAUCGAGGAGUGCACGGUCCUAAGAGGUCCUGACGGAAACAGCAAAGGUUGCGCCUUUGUCAAGUUCUCCACACAUACUGAGGCUCAGUCUGCAAUCAGUGCCCUCCACGGCAGCCAGACCAUGCCAGGUGCUUCCUCCAGCUUGGUGGUCAAGUUUGCCGACACAGACAAGGAGCGCACCAUCAGACGUAUGCAGCAGAUGGUUGGGCAGUUUGGCAUAUUCAACCCAGCCAUCGCCCUUCCCUUCAGCACCUACAGCUCUUACGCACAUGCGCUCAUGCAGCAGCAGGCAGCCAUCAUGGCAGCAAGCCACGGAGGUUACCUCACGCCUAGCGUGGCUUUCCCCGCCACACAGAUCCACCAGAUGGGGGCGCUCAACAUCAACAGCCUCCCACCCACCCCCAUGACCCCGGUGUCGGGCCUCAGUUCUCCACCAGCCAACAUCACCACCUCCGCCGUGCCCAGCAUCGUAACGCCCAUCGUCAACGGAUUCACCGGCAUCCCUCAUCAGCCCAACGGACACCCUGCUGUGGAGACUGUGUACACCAACGGCCUGCCGCCCUACUCCACCCAGAGCCCCACCGCUGCUGACACCCUCCAGCAAGCCUUCACUGGAGUACAGCAAUACACAGCAAUCUACCCAGCCACCACGCUGACUCCCAUUGGCCAGACACUGCCCCAACCACCCCAGGUCAUCCAGCAGCAGCAGCAGAGAGAAGGUCCGGAGGGUUGUAACCUGUUCAUCUACCACCUGCCACAAGAGUUUGGAGACAAUGAACUCAUGCAGAUGUUUCUGCCCUUCGGCACCGUCAUCUCCUCUAAGGUCUUCAUGGACCGGGCAACCAACCAGAGCAAGUGCUUCGGCUUUGUGAGCUUCGACAACCCUGCUAGUGCACAGGCAGCUAUUCAAGCCAUGAAUGGCUUUCAGAUUGGGAUGAAGAGGUUGAAAGUCCAGCUAAAGAGACCGAAGGAUGCCAGCCGCCCUUACUGACACAGCCUACCUUCAGUAUUCAUUGCAGCAGCACAGGUUUUAGAGGACACGUGAAGAUAUCUCGGAGGAGUUAAACUUUUUUUCUUUGAAAGCAAAAUAUGUUUUAAAAAAAUCGACACAUACAGAAUUUUUGAAGACAUAUCAGCAUUUACUUAUGAAGAUAUAGGUUAUGGCAGAAAAAGAAGAUAGAAGCGAAAGAGGAGGAGGCGCUUCACCGGGGGACAUUAACAGUAACAGAUGGCACAGUGCAAGGAAGACGAGAAGAAAAAAAACUGAAAAAAGAUGUGAUGAGACUGAACAACAGAACUUUUUCU